AUGAAGAAGUUUCCACCUGAAACCACGGAGAGAGAAGAUAUAGAGGACGAUGAGACAAUGCAGAAGGUGGCCCAUUAUGGUAUUGCCGCAUGUGCGUUAACUCUUUUUGUUGCUGUGAAGAAGAAGAAGAACAUUAGGUACAAAAAGACAGAUAGCAAGCGUGUUCUGGCAGUUUGUGCUCAAAAGGAUUGUCCUUGGAGGAUAUAUGCAUCUAUCAACAGCAGCUCCCCUAGGGUGGUUGUGAGUCUGCUUACAAAUGCAAGAAUAGCUGAGUUGUACAUUGAAGAAUUAAGAGAGAAUCCAAACAUUUCAGGAAUGCAACUGCAGAACAAGCUCCUCAGACGCAACAUCAAUGUACCUUGGACGAUUUGUGAGAGGAUAAGAUGCUUGCAGGCUUUUGACAGAGAGCAAGAAGCGCAAUUUGGUAGGCUCCAUGACUAUGUUUACGAGAAAAUGAAAGAGUUAGAGGAGUAUGACCCGGUUGCACAUGCUGAUUUAAAGAUAAACAUUUGA